GGCGUACUGACGACGACUGCAGCCUGCCAGAGAGAGACGAGAGGCGAUACGAAGAAGAGGGUACCAUUCUGCCGAGCGUCAAGAUAACUUGUCUUUUAUUUAUGCAUUCUUUCGCAUCAUCGGGAGAAUAGGGUGCGAUUCGAAGAACAGGAGAGGAAAACUGACCCUUUCUUUUUGAUAUUCCUUAAUAUCCCCCCUUUCCCCCAGCCUCUCCGUAGUGUAUUUGAUGCAGCAGAAGGACUGACUGUUGAGAGCAGGUGUGUGAGUGUGUGUGAGAGAGAGACCCCAGCGGCCGCUCCUCUCUCCGUCCUCUCCAGUGUCCAAAGAGGAAAUGUCGAGCGAGAAGCCGGGAUCUGCAACUCCACUUUCGGAUCCAGACCGAGACCGAGCCGCUCAUCCCCCGGGCCCCGGCCAGCCCCAGGUCGUUACGGGCGCUGGCUCUGCUCCCAUCGGGGACAGGAUGGUCUCUGGAUCCGGCUCCAUGGUGCUCCCGGCCGUGCCGAUCAGGAAUAUCCAAAUGAAAUUCGCGGUACUGGUCGGCCUCAUUCAGGUUGGCGAGGUUAGCAACCGGGACAUCGUCGAAACGGUUCUCAACCUGCUGGUGGGAGGUGAGUUUGACCUAGAGAUGAACUUCAUCAUUCAGGACAGUGAGAGUAUCGGCUGUAUGGUCGACCUACUGUCUCACUGCGAAGUCACCUGCCAAGCUGAGGUGUGGUCCAUGUUCACAGCCAUCCUGAGGAAGAGUGUGAGGAACCUUCAGACCAGCACAGAGGUGGGCCUCAUACAACAGGUCCUGUCCAAGAUGAGCUCUGUGGACGACAUGAUCGCAGAUCUGCUAGUGGAUAUGCUGGGGGUGAUGGCCAGCUACAGCAUCACAGUGAAGGAGCUGAAGCUUCUAUUCAGUAUGCUGAGGGGAGACAACAGUAUCUGGCCUAGACAUUCUAUCAAGUUGUUGUCUGUGUUGAACCAGAUGCCUCAGAGACACGGUCCAGACACCUUCUUCAACUUCCCUGGUCGCAGUGCAGCGGCCAUAGCGUUGCCUCCCAUCGCUAAGUGGCCUUACCAGAACGGCUUCACUCUCAACACCUGGUUCAGACAAGAUCCCCUCAACAACAUCAAUGUAGACAAGGACAAACCAUACCU